AUGUGUUGUUUCAUUUAUAGUAAAAGAAAAAACAAUACAACAACAGCAGCACCAGAACCCACAACAUUCAGUUUACAAAAUAGUAAUAGUAACUAUAAUUUAAAUAGUGUUAGUGAAUAUAGCAAUCUAAAUAAUAAUAGUAUCAGUUUAGCCCAAAGCGCAAGUUGUAGUAGUAUAAGCAGUUGUAAUAGUAAUGAUAGCAAUGGAAGUAGCGUUAGUAGCGGUAGUAGCGGUUGCAACAAUAAAAACAGUAAUAGCUUUUUAUUUAAUAAUGGUAAUAUAAAACUUCCACCACCAUCAUCAUAUAGAAAUUUAAUUGAAGGGGAAUUAAAAUCACCACCAAAUUAUGUUCGGCUACUUUUAAAAACAUCAAAUAUCGGUAAUAUUCAAGAGGUAUUAUAUAAGUUUAAUUCAAACAGAGCAGACUACCCAAAGAUUACCUAUGAAGUUAUAAAGAAAUGUCUCAAGUAUUCAAAUAUUGAAGAUUUAGAAAAACUGGGUGAAGAUUCAUAUCAUUUAUUCAAACAUCAUAAUUAUAUAUUAAUAUAA